AUGUCGAACCAGCAUUUACAUUCGUUUCUUGUCCUUUCUUUGUUAGCCGGGUUGGUUUGUCCGGUCCUCGGCCAUGGCCGACUUGUGGAUCCCCCCGGCAGGUCAAGCAUGUGGCGAUUUGGUUUUGCGACCCCCGCCAACUAUAACGACAACCAACUUUACUGUGGAGGUCGAGGGGUGAGUAUAACUAAACCCUUUCGUUUUGGCCUUCUGUCUGUCUCUCACACUCUCUCUCUCUCUCUCUCUCUCUCUCUCUCUCUCUCUGUUAACUAUUUCUUUCGGCACCUGUUUCACCAGUCUUGGUGUCUAUUGUACAACCACAUUAAAAAUAUUAAUUCCCCCUCUAUCUCUCUCAUUCUCUUUCACUCUCCCUCUCUCACUCUCUUAAUCUCUUCCACUCUCUUUCACUCUCCCACUCUCUCUCACUCUCUUUUUCUAUCUUUCACUCUCCUUCUCUCUUACUCUCUUUCUCUCUUUCACUUUCACCCUCUUUCACUCUCUCUCUCUUUCACUCUCCUUCUCUCUCACUAUCUCUUUCACUCUCCCUCUCAUCUUCUUCCAAUCUCCCUCUCUCUUUCACUCUCUUUCUUUCUUUCACUCUCCUUCUCUUUUCUCUCCCUCUCUCUUUCUCUCUCUGCAAUUGAUUUCCAACUCUUCUUCAAAUUUCACAAACAGCUUCUCCAUAAUUCUGCAGCCAUAAAUGUAGCGUAUGCGGGGACCCACUUAACAGUACUCGCGAAAACGAAGCUGGGGGUAAAUAUGCUCAAGGCAUCAUCACUCGUCAUUAUCGCAAAGGACAGGUGA